GAGUGAUGGUUUGUGGAGUCUGACAUGUCAUGAUGAAGUGCUGUGCCUUUUCACUCCUCCUGGGUUCCCUCUUCACCCUUGGCCGUUGUGUUUUUCCUCCUGGUUCCUGUGAUGGAUACACGAACAUAACUGAUGCAUGGCGCAACUUCGCAUUCACAUCGUCUUCCUUUCCCGGCUUCCCGAAGAAUGAUGGACAUUUUGUUGGGAAGUGGUGGCGCUUCACAGGGAUUGGAGGAGACAGAGUCACUUCACAAUGCCAUUCAGGCCCCCUUGCUGGUUCUCACUACUCCAUUCGUGUUUCAUUUUCAUAUCCAACAACUGAAUCUGAAACUCCAACAACAGGGACUGCAUAUGGUGAUGUUGGAGGGUGUAAUGUUUAUUCUAUUUCACUCAGCGUGGCCCUCUGUCCUGGAGGAUUCUACAUUCACAAACCAGCAAGUCACCCAUACCCCUAUAUGGUUUAUGCAACCUAUCAUCAUACGUGUGAACCAGACUCCUGUGGACCACUUGCUGAGUGCUCGAGUAAUGGAGGCUGCACAUGUGUCUCUGGGUAUGAAAUCCCCCCAGAUCACCUACCCACUCCAGAUUCAUAUGGUUGUGUUGACAUCAAUGAGUGCCAGAAAAAUGCAGAAAUUUGUGGUCCUGACUCCAAAUGUAACAACACCAUUGGAUCACACUUCUGUACCUGUCUGGACGGAUUCAAUGCAACAGAUCCAGCAUUACCACCUGGAGGCUCCAACCCAUGCAUAGAUAUUGACGAGUGUCUUGACAAUGUCUGUGGAGAUGAUGGGACCUGUCACAACAAUCCAGGAAGUUAUAAGUGUGAAUGCCAUGACGGCUACCACCUUGUGCCUGAAGCAACUCCUGUUUGCCAAGAUAUCGACGAGUGUUUCAACUCCACCGUCUGUGGGCCUGACUCUGACUGCACCAACACACCUGGAGCACACACCUGUGCAUGUCAACUGGGGUACGCGCCAACUCUACCAGACCAGGACCCCAGCGAAGAAAACAUCUGUAUUGAUGUUGAUGAGUGUGUCGAAAAUGCCGCCAUCUGUGGUCCUGAUGCUAACUGCACAAACUCAAUCGGCUCUUACAUCUGCACCUGCUUCCCUGGUUAUCGGCUGAACAACCCAAAUGUGAUAGCCAGCAUUGCUAACCCAUGCACAGAUAUAGACGAGUGCAGUGAGACACCUGGUAUAUGUGGUAAACAAACAGUGUGCACUAAUGAACCGGGGACCUUCUAUUGUUCUUGUCCUGAUGGAUUCUACCCUUCAACUGGAAUCCUGUGGAUAUUAGGGGUCUCAUUUUGUCAAAGUCUUCAGGACAUUUUAGACGAGAUUCAACCCCCAGAGGGACAGACAAAAGAAAGAGCUUUCCUUGGCAACAUGGACCAACAACUGAAAGACAAUGAAGGCAUGAUCUUACCAGUACCAACUGUGACCAACAGCUUCUCAGCAUCUAUGGAAGUGUCAGGUGUGGGACCGCGGGUCAGGUCAAGCAAGGUGAGUAGCAAAGGAGACGGGGAGGUAGGCAGUGUGAUCCUGGGCAUCUCAGACCGUUUAGCAUCUGCAAUAGUAGAGCCAGGUCGGAACAACACCAAGAGAACUGUCAAGAGUCCAACAGUGGAUCUAAGUCUCGAAACUAUCGGACCUGGAAGUGACAGCGCAGAGAGCUCUUCCCUGUCAGCCAAUGGAAACACCAUGGAGAUCAACCUGAACAGUUUGGCCAAAAAUAACAAUGGUUCUGCAGCAGCUGUCUUCUUGACACUAACUGGGAUGGAGAGUCUUCUUAGUCAUCAAUACUUUGAAACAGAAAACCAGACAGAGAUGUACUCGGAUGUUAUCACUGCAGUCUUACCUUCGAUGAACCACACCAACCUCACCGAGCCCGUCAACUUUACCAUCCAUCACAAGAAGACAGUACCUGAGUCUGGUUUGGUGACCUGUGUGUAUUGGGAGGACAAAACAGAGGAGGCAGGAAUUGGAGAAGAAAGUGAAACAGGAACAGAAAAGAAGAGGACAAUGCGCUGGUCGGUGGAGGGCUGUUGGGUUGCAUACACCAAUGAAAACUACACAGUGUGCAGCUGCUCCCAUCUAUCCACAUUCGCCCUCAUCAUGCAGAUUGGAGAGCCUCCACCAGAGGAUCCCUUCCUGGAGUGGCUAAACCGAAUGUGUGUGAUUGUUGGACUAUUCUUCUUUGGUUUGGCCAUCUUCACCUUCCUCCUGUGUAGCUGGAACCCCAAGAUCAACAACACAGCCCGUCUUCACCUCUGCCUCAACCUCUUCUUCUCCCAUCUGCUGCUGCUGUGGAACGACAAAUAUGUUGAACAAGAGCUAGCCUGCACCGUCAUGGCGGGGCUUCUUCACUUCUUAGUUAUAGCAGGUUUUGUGUGGAUGCUGCUGGAGGCGUUUCAGCUCCACCUGUUGGUCCGGAGGCUCACUAAGGUGCAGGUCAUCCAGAGAGAUGGCCUCCCCAGGCUAGUUCUCUACCUGAUUGGCUACGGCGUUCCAUUUGUGAUUGUGGGUGUUUCUGCACUGGUAUAUUCUGAUGGAUAUGGUGCUACUGAGGCAGAGGUGUGCUGGCUCUCAAGACAGCGCCAUUUCAACUGGGCCUUAACAGGCCCUGUGAUUGCUAUCCUUGCUCUGAAUUGGAUAUUGUUCUGUGCUACUCUAUGGAGUCUGAGACCCACCCUGGCCAACAUGAAAAGUGAUAUUUCUCAGUCCAGAGACACCAGGUUGAUUUUGUUCAAGAUAGUAGCCCAGUUUGUCAUACUGGGCUGCACCUGGAUCUUGGGCCUGUACCAGUCAAACCUUUUCUUCCAGGUCCUCUUUAUAAUUCUUAACUCCCAGCAGGGCACCUUCCUCUUCAUCGUCCACUGUCUGCUCAACAAGGAGGUUAGAGAGGAAUACGUGAAAUGGCUGACCUGUUCUUUCAAUAAGCACAGUGAAGGAGGAACUGUGAAAGAUGCACCAUCAGUCUCUGAGGACUUGGACAAGGCUGAGUAGAAGACAGGCUAAAGGUGAUGGAAUGCUGAUAACAAAAGAGAGACGGAAGACAGAGAGGAGAGAUGCAGACUGUGUCCACUUUGAACCAUUAGUCAUUACAUGUUAUUUUUUGUUGUCAUUUUUAUUGCGGCUGGGAAUGACAAGUCAUCAAAUGUAUAUGUACGUGAGGGUGUGUUUACUGCUACUGUGUUAAAUCCAUUAGCCAGAAUAAUUGUUGGCAUAGUACACCUCUGCAAACCACAGAUAUGUAACAUUUGCACAUUAUUUUGUAGCGGAUAUAUCGAAACUUUACGUUUAUUUAUGUUCCAGUAAUACUGUGGUUAUGUUUCGGCACAAAAAAUGCUUGGUUACGGUUCGGAAAAGAUCAUGUUUUGGUUUUAAAAUGCACAGUUUUGGUGCCACAAUAGACUUUUUUCACUGCAGACAUUUUGACAUGCUGUACAUACAUGUUGAACGGCUUACUAGGACACUUAAUGGAACUGAGCCACCGUUAAUGUUAUCAGUUUCCCCUGUGCUUUUCCUACUAUGACACGUCAAAACAUCUGCUGUGAAAAAGGUCUAUUGCCACUGCAGAAGUUUGUUGGUCUUGAACAGUAGUCAGCAGGUUGGCAUCCGUUUCACCUAGGUGUCAUGGCAUCCACUAUCAGCUCCACCUACCAGGGACGACGUCAGCUAAUAUACAUUUGAUCAGAACUGUGUCACUUUAGAAACACUGAUAUGAUAUGUAACACGUAUAAUGUAUUCAUGGUUUGCAGAAACAUACAAUGCAGACAUUUUCUUCUGGCGACUGGGCUGACUACUGUUCAUUGUGUCGUUUUCUGAUAUGUUUGAUUUUCAACAUUUUUUCUUUAUUAUUUCAAUUGUUUUUUUCAUUCAAUGCAUUUUUUUAGUUUUUUCACAUUAAAGUCUUGCUGACAUCCAGAGAUGUAUGUGCAUGAUUAUACACAUGCUUGUUAGACUUUCCAAUACAACAGGAAGUAAAAUUCUGUGUCAACCACUGAGUGCUGCUGUGCACAGAUUUCAGCUUAAGUAGCAUUCCCCCCCAAUAGCUAAAACUGAAUGUCCAUCCUGUUUCAUGUGUUUCCCUGCUGACAGAAGUGGAGGAAAGUUGCUGUUGUUUUUAACUCUGCCCUGCACACUUUGUGUCCUCAUAAACACACGUGACGUGGUGCAUACUCAGGUGUGUGCUCCGGGUCUGAAUCAGUCCCUACUUUGCCGUUAUUCUUGCAUGACAUAUUCACAGUAUUUUCAUCUGUGUAUCUUAAGUGCUCUGUCUAUUGUAAGUUUAAUUGUU